GUCACUGGCCAGGCCAGCCGGCGCCAUUUUGAAAGUGGAGUCGCCUGCCCCUGCCGCCGUCGGCGCCGUAGCUGUCGUAGCCGCCGCCGCCGCUGGAGAAAGAACACGAGCGGGGAAGCCCCCGAGUGAAAUCCACCAUCCUGCUGGCCGGUCUGCCCGCCCCUCCUUCCUUCUCACCCGGCCCCCGCCCCCUCCCCCCACAGGUGCCAUCCGCCGCCAUCCGCCCUUCCUACCCCCCCAUCCCCAGGUGAGGGGGGUGAGUUCAGGAAGCGGAGACCCCGAGGAACCCAGCAGGGUCACCAUUUGCAGCGCAACAUGGCAGGAGCUGGAGGAGGGAAUGAUAUUCAGUGGUGUUUUUCUCAGGUGAAAGGAGCAGUAGAUGAUGAUGUAGCAGAAGCAGAUAUAAUUUCUACAGUAGAAUUUAAUCAUUCUGGAGAAUUACUAGCAACAGGAGAUAAAGGUGGUAGAGUUGUCAUCUUUCAACAGGAGCAGGAGCGCCUUUGACCUGAGGAUCUCAAAGUGCUUUACAAACACUAAUGAAUUAAUCCUCACAACACCCCAGUGAGAACAAAAUCCAGUCUCAUAGCAGAGGAGAAUAUAAUGUUUACAGCACCUUCCAGAGCCAUGAACCAGAGUUUGACUACUUGAAAAGUUUAGAAAUAGAAGAAAAGAUCAACAAAAUUAGGUGGUUACCCCAGAAAAAUGCUGCUCAAUUUUUAUUGUCUACCAAUGAUAAAACAAUAAAAUUAUGGAAGAUCAGUGAAAGAGACAAGAGACCAGAAGGGUAUAACUUGAAAGAGGAAGAUGGAAGGUAUAGAGAUCCUACUACAGUUACUACACUACGAGUGCCAGUCUUUAGGCCCAUGGAUCUAAUGGUCGAGGCCAGUCCACGAAGAAUAUUUGCCAAUGCUCAUACAUACCACAUCAAUUCCAUUUCUAUUAAUAGUGAUUAUGAAACAUAUUUGUCUGCAGAUGAUUUGCGGAUUAAUCUUUGGCAUCUGGAAAUUACGGACAGGAGUUUUAACAUUGUGGAUAUCAAGCCUGCCAAUAUGGAGGAGCUGACAGAGGUGAUUACAGCAGCAGAAUUCCAUCCACACAGCUGUAACACAUUUGUAUACAGCAGCAGUAAAGGGACAAUUCGGUUAUGUGACAUGAGGGCAUCUGCUCUCUGUGACAGGCAUUCUAAACUGUUUGAAGAACCUGAAGAUCCCAGUAACAGGUCAUUUUUUUCCGAAAUCAUCUCCUCUAUUUCUGAUGUAAAAUUCAGCCAUAGUGGUCGAUAUAUGAUGACUAGAGACUAUUUGUCAGUCAAAAUUUGGGACUUAAAUAUGGAAAACAGGCCUGUGGAAACAUACCAGGUGCAUGAAUACCUCAGAAGUAAACUGUGUUCACUGUAUGAAAAUGACUGCAUAUUUGACAAGUUUGAAUGUUGUUGGAAUGGAUCUGAUAGUGUUGUCAUGACUGGAUCUUACAAUAACUUCUUCAGAAUGUUUGACAGGAACACAAAGCGAGACAUAACCCUAGAAGCAUCACGGGAAAACAAUAAGCCUCGCACAGUUUUGAAGCCACGCAAAGUCUGUGCAAGCGGCAAGCGAAAGAAAGAUGAAAUAAGUGUUGACAGCCUAGACUUCAACAAGAAAAUCCUUCACACAGCCUGGCACCCCAAGGAGAAUAUCAUUGCUGUAGCUACUACAAACAAUCUGUAUAUAUUUCAAGACAAAGUGAAUUAGGGUUGGCAUUCCUAGCAGAAGAACCCACUUCCUGCUUAGUUGAGAUAGUUGAAUCUAGCAUUCGUACCUAUAAAAGAGAGAGGUCCAUUGUGGCGCCCCUUUCCAGUGUUUGACAGUGUGCCAUUCGACAACACAUUUUUAUAGCUACAUGGAGAAAGCUCUAGUGGAUUCAUCACUGGUGUUCUCCAUGUCUGCUAGCCAUUUAGGUAAGGGUAGGGCACUUUUAAUUUAAAUGACUUCUUGCACCAUCUUGCCUAAUGGACUAGAUUGGACUGUAUCAACAUUGAUUUACUCCACUUUUAUGCCUUCCAUUGUGAUGACGUCAAACACAGUGAAAGCCUUCAGUCAUGCUAUGGGAUUUAAUUGUGUAUCCUCAUUACUGUAUCAUUUGUGGGGUACACCCCUUCCCCCUUUUUUUAAAUUAAAUACAGCUCAUCCUUACUGUGGCUUGUAGCAUUCCUCCUCUCCUGGCCUCCUGGACUCUUCCCCUUCAUCUCUCUUACCCUUGCCCCCUCCACCUGGUCUUGGUGGUGGUAUAUUAAAAAGAAUGAAAGCACACAAAAUGAGUCAGUUUGGGGUCAGUGGAAUAAAGGGGGUAUAUGUUGCGAACAAAUGUUUUAAUAACAGUUGGCUGUAAUCACUCCUUGCCAUGUCUGGCACUGAAAAUAAGGAAAAAAAACUACUACUGAAUAAAAGUGACAAAGAAUGGAGAA